AUGGGCAGCCGGCCCCGCAGCCCCAGCGCCCACCCCGAGCCCUGCUGGGGACCGCCGCGCGGAGGACCCGGCCCGGCCAAGCGCCGCCGCACCCCGGAGCCCGAGGGCCCGCAAGGCAUGGAGGGGCCCCCGGCCGCCGGCGCGCUCGCCUCCGUGGUGGUCCUGGCCGCCGGCUCUGCCCUGCAGCUGCUCCUGGACGACGUCGACCUGGUGCUCGAGCCCGAGCCCACGUCGGUCCUGCAGGUGUCCCUCGGGGGCCUCACCCUGCUGCUGGUCCCCGAGGCCCUCCUGCGCGCGGGGGGCCAGGGCCACCCGCCUGCCGGCCCGGAGCAGGGCGCCGUCCCGAGCGCGCCCGGGCACCAAGCCGCCGGCCCGCACGAGGCCCUCUGCGCGUCUGUCCCGGACGUGGCCGCCCAGGAGGAGGCCUGUGCGGAGGACGCCGACCCCGAGCUCCCGCCGCCGCGGGCGGGCCCCACGGCCGGCUGGGCGCCUGAGCUGCGGGCCUGCGCUGGGGGGGUGGCCGGGCCGCGCCCGCGGGCCCCCGGCCCUGGUCCAAAGAGGCUCUCUCCUCUCCGCUACUUCGACCUGGACCCCCACCUCCUGGAGCCCUUCCCCGGCUCGCCACUCCAGCCUCUGCCGCCCUCUCCGAGUCCGGGUCCCCACGUGCGCCCCCAGCGCCCUCCAGGACCCUCCCCCAAGGCCCGGAGACGCCUGUUCCAGGAAUGAACGGCUCCCGCAGCCUCUCAGCAGCGGGCUUCAGGCACUAGUGAUCCUCGGUGAUGCACUCAUGCACAAUAUUUAUUAAGAAGAGCUUUGUGAAAAAGAGGCCAAAUAAAAGCAGAAAGAGAGAGCUACCUUGAAGUGCUGCAGAUCUAGAGACAGCGUCAACAACCUCUUCGGAAGUUCUGGAGUUAGAAUGGUCACAGUUGUCUCAGGAAAGGCUAAAAUAGCCCAAUUCCCUGAUCAAUCAGCCAUUGGGUGUGAGGAACCAGGGAAGAAUCAUAGCCCAAGGCAAGGCCACUUUCUUCAGCUGAGACACUUUCCAAAGGGAUGACAACUGAAAGCUGUCUGUCUGUCCAUAGCAUUCCUAGCACUUAUGGAAACAAUUCUCAUUGAAGAGGAAUCUGGGUGGCGCAUCACACUGCCCACUACAACAUCAUAUAUCGAUCCUGUUUAUCAUAAUAGCCAUAUCCAUUUAUUCUGAUCUUUAAUUAUAAUUAAAGAUUAAAUUACUGACUAGCAGUAAAGAAAUUAUAAUUUUCUUCAUAUAGGUCUUGAAUAUUUGGAUAAAGACUGAUCACCAUUUUUUUCUCUUUCUUUUUGCUUUCCAAAAUCCUUUCCCUGAACCUGGUCAACCAAGAUAAAUGUGUACUUAAUAAAUAAAUGAAUAAAUAGCACACAAAUGUAAUGCAUUGGGUUUUUGGAAAAUAUUUCUAAAAUUAGAAUGUAAAAAAACCAGUGAAAAUAAUAUUUAAUAAAA